UCUCGCGCUGCCUCUCGGUUCCCGUCGCAACGAGAUCUUUCGAGAUCUUCUCCGCCCCCGCUCCCGGUACCCGUUCUGCGGCCGCUGAGCCGGAGCCGGCCCGAGCAGCGCCCUUGGCCGCCGUGCCUUGUCCAAGGACCAAGGGGGCUCGCGUGGACAGCCGCGCGUGCCUCCACCGCUCGCCGGCGCCGCCCAGCACCCUCCGUCCUCUGGCCCACGCGGCCAGCUCUCCGCACGCCAGCCCCGCCGGCGUCCGUGUGCUGUCUCGGCGGCCGGCCCCGGGCCCGAGUCCGAGCAGUUAGCCGUCGCCAUGUCGGUGGUGGGCAUAGACCUGGGCUUCCAGAGCUGCUACGUCGCUGUGGCUCGCGCCGGCGGCAUCGAGACGAUCGCGAACGAGUACAGCGACCGCUGCACGCCGGCUUGCAUUUCCUUUGGUCCUAAGAAUCGUUCAAUUGGAGCAGCAGCUAAAAGCCAGGUAAUCUCCAAUGCAAAAAACACAGUCCAAGGAUUUAAAAGAUUCCAUGGCCGAGCGUUCUCUGAUCCGUUCGUGGAGGCAGAAAAAUCGAACCUUGCGUAUGAUAUUGUGCAGUUGCCCACUGGAUUAACAGGUAUAAAGGUGACAUAUAUGGAAGAAGAGCGACAUUUUACCACUGAGCAAGUGACAGCUAUGCUUUUGUCCAAACUGAAGGAGACAGCAGAAAGCGUUCUUAAGAAGCCUGUUGUUGACUGUGUUGUUUCGGUUCCUUGUUUCUACACUGAUGCAGAGCGUCGAUCAGUGAUGGAUGCCACACAGAUUGCUGGUCUGAACUGCCUGCGAUUGAUGAACGAGACUACUGCAGUUGCUCUUGCAUAUGGAAUCUAUAAGCAAGACCUUCCUGCCUUAGAAGAGAAACCAAGAAAUGUAGUGUUUGUAGAUAUGGGGCAUUCUGCUUAUCAAGUUUCUAUUUGUGCCUUUAAUAAAGGAAAACUAAAAGUUCUGGCCACUGCCUUUGACUCAACCCUUGGAGGCAGAAAAUUUGAUGAGGUAUUAGUAAAUCACUUCUGUGAAGAAUUUGGGAAGAAAUACAAGUUAGACAUAAAGUCCAAAAUCCGAGCGUUGUUACGGCUCUCCCAAGAGUGCGAGAAGCUCAAGAAGCUGAUGAGUGCGAACGCCUCAGACCUCCCCCUGAACAUUGAGUGUUUCAUGAACGAUGUCGAUGUAUCUGGAAUGAUGAAUAGAAGUAAAUUCCUGGAGAUGUGUGAUGAUCUUCUAGCUAGAGUGGAGCCACCGCUUCGUAGUGUUUUGGAUCAAGCCAAGUUAAAGAAAGAAGAUAUUUAUGCAGUGGAGAUAGUUGGCGGUGCUACACGAAUCCCCGCAGUAAAGGAAAAGAUCAGUAAGUUUUUUGGUAAAGAGCUUAGUACGACGCUCAAUGCCGACGAAGCCGUGACCCGAGGAUGUGCGCUGCAGUGUGCAAUCUUAUCGCCUGCUUUCAAAGUCAGAGAGUUCUCUAUCACCGAUGUGGUACCAUUCCCCAUAUCCCUGAGGUGGAAUUCUCCAGCAGAGGAAGGGUCAAGUGAUUGUGAGGUUUUUGCCAAAAAUCAUGCUGCUCCUUUCUCGAAAGUGCUCACUUUUUAUAGAAAGGAACCUUUCACUCUGGAGGCCUAUUACAGCUCCCCUCAGGAUCUGCCCUACCCAGACCCUGCUAUAGCUCAGUUUUCAGUUCAGAAAGUCACUCCUCAGUCUGAUGGCUCCAGUUCCAAAGUGAAGGUAAAAGUUCGAGUCAACGUGCAUGGCAUCUUCAGUGUGUCUAGUGCAUCCCUAGUGGAAGUUCAUAAAUCCGAGGAAAAUGAAGAGCCAAUGGAAACGGAUCAGAACGCAAAGGAGGAAGAGAAGAUGCAAGUGGACCAAGAGGAGCCACCUGUGGAAGAACAGCAGCAGCAGCAGCAGCAGACACCAGCAGAAAAUAAGACAGAAUCUGAAGAAAUGGAGACCUCUCUGGCUGGAUCUAAAGACAAAAAGAUGGACCAACCGCCUCAGGCCAAGAAGGCUAAAGUGAAGACCAGCACUGUGGACUUGCCCAUUGAGAAUCAGCUGUUGUGGCAUAUAGACAGGGAGAUGCUCAACUUGUACAUCGAAAAUGAGGGUAAGAUGAUCAUGCAGGACAAAUUGGAGAAGGAGCGCAACGAUGCCAAGAACGCGGUGGAAGAAUACGUCUAUGAAAUGAGAGACAAACUUAGUGGUGAUUAUGAGAAGUUUGUGAGUGAGGAUGAUCGAAACAGUUUUACCUUGAAACUAGAAGAUACUGAAAAUUGGCUCUAUGAGGAUGGUGAAGACCAGCCAAAGCAAGUCUAUGUUGACAAGUUGGCUGAAUUAAAGAAUCUAGGUCAGCCUAUUAAGAUACGAUUCCAGGAAUCUGAAGAAAGACCAAAAUUAUUUGAAGAACUGGGGAAACAAAUCCAACAAUAUAUGAAAGUAAUCAGUUCUUUCAAAAACAAGGAGGACCAGUAUGAGCAUUUGGAUGCUGCGGACAUGGCCAAGGUGGAGAAGAGCACAAAUGAGGCCAUGGAAUGGAUGAACAGCAAGCUGAAUCUGCAGAAUAAGCAGAGCCUGACCCUGGACCCCGUGGUCAAGACAAAAGAGAUUGAAGCUAAAAUUAAGGAGCUGACGAGCUUCUGUAGCCCUAUAAUUUCCAAGCCUAAACCCAAAGUGGAACCUCCAAAAGAGGAGCAGAAAAACGCAGAGCAGAAUGGACCAGUGGACGGACAAGGUGACAACCCUGGCCCUCAGGCCGCCGAGCAGGGUGCAGACGGAGCUGUGCCUUCCGAUGCUGACAAGAAGCUUCCUGAGAUGGACAUUGAUUGAUUGCAACACUUGUUUAUAUUAAAACAGACUAUUAUAAAGCUUUAAGUUGUCAGCUUUGUUCUAACUAUCAACUAGAGCAAGUGAAACUGGAGAUUUCUUAAUCAGUUUUUAGGGGCUUUGGGGAAAGGGAUAUAGGAAUGUAGGAGCUUUUGACUUCUAAAUAGUUAGAUACAGAGAGUGAGUACAUUGUAUCUCUUUCAUAUUUCGAAGCCAGUGAGUACCUGCACGUAAGCUUCACUCAUUCUGUGUUGAAUCAUGCUUCUUCGAGGGUAAAUUUGUUUUAGAAAGUUGAGCUGUCACAAAAAUUAUACCUAGCUGUUGAGCAACCUUUACACGAUGCUCGGCCUGACAGGAGCUCGAAUUGCGUCUUCAGAGUCUGCUAUUGAGCUUGCCCGAAGGCUCCCCUCUUGGUGUGGGGAUGAGGGCAGGUCCCCCUCAGCUCUGGGGGCUGGAAUAGCACAUGGCCGAAGUUAGUGGAGCGGAAGUAUGCUCUCGAGCUAAGGCCAGGCCUCCUGUCCUCUCCCUCCGCAACUCCUCUCAGCAGAGCUCCCAACCCCCAAUGCCCACGCCAGAACAGACCGGGACUGAAGCUCUGAGACCUGCACUUCUUAAAGUGCUCCUUGUGCCCAGAGCUUUGGGGCUCCUCCGGCAGAAAGGGCAGCCUUGUGUGGAGGGACAGUUGCUGUAGGCAGUCAAGUUCUUGUUAAUUAUGGCAUAAAGAAUUGUGCCACGGCCUGUUCAUUCAGGUGCCAGAGGUUCUGUAUGUAUUGGGUACAUUUUGGACUCCUAGAAGAAUAGAGGUUCUUUUCAGCUCAUCUGUCCCCUGUGUGCCAAGUAUUCUUUCUGUUAGGAAUCUUCCCAUUUCUGUGUGAAGCAGCUGAGACAGAUCAUACAGAAACCCAAGAUGCAACGCAUCACACCGGCUGAGCCUAAAGUGAGUGUGAAAGCAGUGCGGCCUGAUGUGUCAGCCUCUCGGCCUUCCUUUUGGGGGCACCUGCAGCAGAGGCCCGAGCUGGUACCUGCCUUAGAAACUCCUUUCCAACGGUGUUGGUUUUGCUUUGUAUCUUUGUGAUAAUGGCUACUACUCUGUGUAACAGAGUGUGUCUGUUGAUGUUGGGCUCUGUUAGAAAUGAGACCAUACCCUGCACAGUUUCUGUUUCUGUCCAUGUCCACAUAGAAAUGUUCCUGCGUCACAAGCCCUCAAGUGCCAUGGAGAACAGCUGCCUACACGGAAGGGGGUGUGUGGGCAAUGGCCCUGGCCAGGCCUGCACUCACCUGGCAGGCUUCUCAAGUGUCAGUUGGCAUGAUGCCAGCUGGGACCUGCUGGCUGCAGGGUUAAGCCAACUUUUAGGCUAAAGUUUUGUUGUGUGUGUUUGUGGGGGAGGGCUUGGGUGUUGGGAUGGGAUAAAUUUGAAGAUUAUAACUAGGAAUGAGGUGACAUGGUUGCUUGCUGUCUGACAGUCUUUCAGACCAGAUGGAUUCCCACAGGUGCCAGGCCAUAGAGUGAACACAAGGAUCUGUCCCGGCUGCGUUACCCAGUUGGUCUGUUAAAAACUCCAGGUCACGUUCUCACACUAAGAAAAACAUGCAGUAAACAUGAGACAAGUUUAGGAAAAACUAAUAAAAGAAACCUGUCUUAGACUCUAA